AUGGAGGAAACGGUCGAGUUAAACGAAGAAUACCAGAUACUGCUCUGCCGCUUAUGCAAUAAUGCUGUCCGCCCGGGAAAUAGCAUCGAAGGCCACUUCCGCGCUCACAAGAUCAAAGGGCAGCUACUAAGGGAUAUCGUGGACUAUUACAGCACAAUGGAGCUGCAGGAUCCGCUUACUACUGAUAUUCCGGCCGAGAGAUCAAAGCCAGUUCAAGGGCUGCCGCUGCUGCAUGGCUUCCGCUGCAUACAAUGCUGCUUUCUGACGAUCGCCAGAGAUAAUAUGACGCGGCACUGGAGGACAGCUGGCUAUGCAGCAACAGAGCCGGGCUGGAAAAAAGCACAGCUGCAGUUAUGGAUAUGCUCGCAGCGAAAGUAUGUGCGCUACUGGGCUGUUCAGGGAGCAGGCUAUCACAGCGAUAGAGAGAAGCAGGCUGCUGGAGACAGCAUGCUGGAGAAGAUAAUUGCGAACUAUAUAGCAGAGCGCAAAGAAGAGGAUGAAGCACGGCUCUGCAAGGGCGAUACGGAGGAGGGGAUCGAUCGGGACUCGGCAUGGGUGAAGAGGCUAGGCUGGGUAUGGCAUUUCGGCUCGCGGGAUAAGCUCGAUAUUCACAGGGCUGUCGAGUGGGUGAAGGCACCAGCAGCGGGCGGCAGGGCGGCACAGGAGGCAGACGAGGAGGCACUCCGGGCGCGGGCGCGGCUGGUCAGGCUAGCAGAAAGCUUUGAUUGCGAGGUGGACAGGUGCUGCUGGCGGCUGGACAGCGUUCCGGCCAAUGCGCUGCGGUGGCUGGCCAGCAUCUCCACGGCGGCGCCAAACGGGAUGCCAUUUGAACGCAAAGGCCAGGAGGCAUCGAUGGCCAAAUACCGGCUCGUUGGGCAGCGCUACUUGGGCUUCUGCUUGCGGGCAUAUUAUGCAGGGCGCGAUAAGGCAUUUGAGCAGUGGGCUAUCAGCUUUACUGAUGAGCAGUGGAGCUUGCUGGGGGAUGUGGCAUACGAGCUCGAGGCGCUGGAGAGCAGCAGCAGCAGCAGCCAGGACAGCGGCUACAGCAGCAACUGGGGCAAAGAGGGCGAAGAAAGCGAGGAGGACAGCGAGGAGGAGGAGGAGGAGGAGGAGGAGGAGGAGGAGAGCGAGAGGGGCAGAGAAGGCGGGAGCCAGCCGACCGGCGCGCUCGACCGAGCUGUCUUCUUGUUUGUGGUGGCUUCUAUCAAGCAGCAUGUAUGCUUGCAGCUAUACUAUGGCACAUAUACAAUCAUCAGCACUAUUAUCGGGUGGAUGGCGUAUGGCAAGGGCUGGCGGCAGCAGAUAAGCGGGCAAGCAUCCGUGCGGUGGUCCGAAGACCAGCAGACGCUUUUUCACAACGGAGAGCAGAUCGCGGUGCAGGACUUCCAGCAGACAGCAUGCAAGCUGGUGGCAGAUGCAGAGGCGCUGCUGGACAGGCUGCUGGCCGGCACAUGA